GCCUCGCGCUACAUUUGUUUUCCUCCGUGUGAGUGAAUUUUUGAAAGUGACCUACACUGUACAUAGUAUUUUAACCGGAAAAAGAGCCCAAAAUGGACACCAUCAACACUGCAGGGAUAUUAAAACGCGUCCUUAGGAGUUGUAGCUCUGAAAAAAACACGAAACGGGAAGCUGAGCGUUUUUUCGCCUACUUGGGUGGCGGCGAGUGUCCCCUAGAAGCGCUCCAACUUUCGCUUGGACGUAACGAAGAGCUACUGAACGCACAAGUGACCACAGUGCACGAAAUAGCUCGAGCUGUACAAUAUCAAGACGAAGCAGAACAGAAAUAUGGCUUGAGCAACCACUGGGACUUUCUGACAUCCUUGUAUCACCGCAAUAUCCUCCAUUUGAUGAGAAGGAUAUUGAAGAUUCGCCUUCCAUCUGACCUCACGUGCGAUGGCGAUAUCCCAUGGAAGUCUGUCUAUUUUCACUGCCUUAUGAUCACGAAACAUAUCGUGGAUUACUUGGAACCCAAUACGACCUACAUGAAAAGCAUUGUUGAGUCUGGUACCGUUGAGGUUCUGCUUGAGUUUAUGAGUGGAAGCAUUGAUCUUCUCGCAUCAUUUCCUGUUUUGGUUACAUUGAGACCACUCUGCUUCCAAAGUCUGGAAGCGUGUGAGAGACUGAUCUUUUGUGGUGGUCUUACCACACUUGGCAACUUCAUGCUGAAAGAUAACUAUCAUAAACAGAUUUUUAAACAGUUUCAUGCGGGACUUAUGCGUUACCAGUUAGAGGCCUUGCGUGAAGUUCACGAUGCCCGUCCUGUGGUCUAUGCUGAGUCUAUGGAGGAGAACAAAGUGUAUGUGGACAGGCAUCCUAAGGAAAAGACAAUACCCUAUGUCGUGCUCAAGAAAUGGUGUUCAAAAAUCCAGAUAACCUCUGCUCAUAUCAUCAUGAAGAUAGGUGACCAGAAUGACAGACACAGAUACAUAAUAGCCAAGGACCCAGCCAUAUCAAAGGCCCUUAGAAAGUGGGCCAAGACCCCCGCCAUCUUGGAGCAAGAUGCUCUUAUGGCUGAUGCAUGCACCUACAUCAUAUCCACCCUUUGUUUAAAGGAAGACCUGGCCUGGCAGAUGGUCGAGAGCUAUGAUAUUGUCACAUGUCUAGGAAGAGGGUUGAGGUACCCUGACUUUAAACUAGUCAAGAGCCACAUUGGUCUGGCCUUUGUGCUUUCGUCACAUGCAGAGCGAGUGAGAGAAGAAGUAGUCAAGAACUUAGAUCUGAUAAAAACUUUGUGUGCACUGAUGUUCUCCUCUGAAUCUGCGAUCCAAGACGCGACUGUAAACACCAUAAUUAACGUAGCUGAGUCCCCUCUUGGUAGUCAGAAGUUACUAGAGGCAGGACUGAGACCCCUACACCUGACACUCUUAUGCUCCUAUUAUGAUAUUGAUUUUGGGCCAAAAGUUACAUUGCUCAGACAGAAACUUAAACAGCACAUUGGAAGAGACUGGACUAAGGAAGAAACUGUCUAUUCAAAAAAUCCUCUUCAAGUUGCAAAGCAGCAUGAUGGUGAAGAGGCACUAAAUCUGAAGGACGCUGGCAAUAAAAAGUUUAAACAGGGGUGUUAUGUAGAAGCUAUAAAGAUUUACACCUCAGCACUUGAAGUUUGUCCCCCAAUGAAGAGGCCUGUCACUCGUCACCAGGCAACCGCUGUGUGGUGGGUCCUACCUUCAGUGUUGUACAGCAACCGCGCCCAAUGCUACAUUAAUAACAGGGACUGGCAGUCUGCAGCAGAUGACUGCACCAGGGCGAUCGCAGGGUGCCUUGAAGAUAACUUUGUAGCACGUAAUAUUCUGCACAAGACAGUAUUCCGGCGAGCCAAGGCCUUGUUAGAGCUGGGGGAAUACCAUGUUGCGCUGACUGAUAUAGCUUAUUGCUACAGAAAAGAUAGAAGUGAUGAUGUUAAACGACUAUUAUUUGCUGAAAUUCUUGCGAAAUAUCGAAAGCAUGUAGGAUAUGAACCCAUUCGCCGAUGUGGACACUGUAUGGGAGGUGAGGGUGAGAAGCUUAAGCGGUGCGCCAAGUGUUUAGAAGUGUAUUGCUCUAGAGAGUGUCAACUAGCAGCCUGGAAGAGUGACCAUAAGAUAAUAUGUAAUAUUAAUAGGGUUUGAUCAACUUAGGAAUCAUUAUCUAAAAAACGUUAUCUAAAAUACAGGAGAAAAGUGCCUUGAAAGGGCCUUUUGGGCCCCGCCUGUUAAAAAACCUGGCUACGCCGCUAUAGUGAUCAUUGGGCCCUUGUUAUAAUAGGGUCUGAUCACCUUGGAUAUUAAACUGGAAGUAUUGACUAUCAGGUAGCAUGAGACUCUGUCAACCACUCUGUCAACCACAACUUUGCUGGUGUCAGACGCGUACCCAGGAUUAUGUGAGGGUGGACCAUGCUCAAUCAUUUUUUAUCAUAUGGAAAAAUAGAUGUUUUUAUUCAGUAUUGGAUUUAAUCUUGGAAUAACCAUCUAAAAUAACGUUUUACACUUUGUUUACCAAAUUCAAUGGAAAGUUUCACAAUAGCUCCCUAAAAUCACCCGAUGGAAAUGGAUGCUGUUACAAACUUGGUUGUUUGCUACGAUGACGCAAUGGCGGUUGGCAGUGACUCUUGAACAAUAGGAGACUCGGCCUGUUUGACUGAUCUUUCUAUGAGGGAUGUUAAAACCUUACUCUUUGAUUGAACACCUGUAUACACUGUACCUGGUGUAUAAUUCUAAGGCUAGAUGUGCUAGUAUGAAGCUAAGGGUUUAUACCAGGAUGAACUGAUAACACUAGAGCGUGGACCGUCAAUACCUGGUUGAGCUAUAGGCAAGCAAUUAUGGUACAUUGGGCCAAUAGAUGUAUGAUAUAUAUGGCCAUCUUUUUGCUCUCGGAAUGACCACCAUAGUCAAUAAAUAGCUAGCUAGGCUAGGCUGAAACGGGCUAUGAGUGAGCUUCGGGCCAAUUGAUUAUAUGUAUGUAUAUUUAUAUAUAAAUGUGUAUAUGUAUGUAUAUUUGUAGUGUGGGGAUUUGGAGCGUGGCUGUUAAGGCCUGUAGUACAUGGAUCUCACUUUGCUAUGGGUGCCAUAGUUUGUGUAUGUCAGAAGAGGGUAUGAAUAGGAGAUAAAACAUAAGAGGGUAUGGAUGGGAGGUUUAGCAGAAGAGGGUAUAGCAGAACAGGGUAUGGAUAGGAGAUAAAGCAGAAGAGGGUAUGAAUAGGAGAUGAGGCAUAAGAGGGUAUAGCAGAAGACGGUAUGGAUAGGAGGUUAAGCAGAAGAGGGUAUAGCAGAAGAGGGUAUGAAUAGGAGAUGAAGCAGAAGAGGGUAUGAAUAGGAGAUAAAGCAGAAGAGGGUAUAGCAGAAGAGGGUAUGGAUGGGAGGUUUAGCAGAAGAGGGUAUGGAUAGAAGGUACAGCGGUAGUGAUAAAUGUUGCCAAGGGCACGUACAGUAUCAUGCUGAGUGCACUCGGGUUAUGAUUCCUUAUCUUCCUUAGCGUGUUAAUUGGGCACCAAGAUUGGAUGCCGUUGUUUUAUGGGCCCCGAUUUCUCUGUGCCCGACUCCGAAAUGGCACUUUCUCAUGACGCUCAGAGAAAUCUGAGCCAAACAAAUCGCGCUUUAUUGGGCUUGGAACAAACUCUUUUUAAAAGAAGUACGCCAAUAUUUCUUCCAUUGGCUUGUGGUCAGGAGAGCGAAGCGCAGCCAGCAAUGCUGGCAGAUGUUUUCGCUUUUUACAUAGUGUUAGAAAAUAACAUAAGUAUUUAAUCACUUCAUCAUUGUUUUAGUUCACGCUGCUUAGAAUUAUUUUUAAGGUUUUUGUUUUUUUAAUUCAAUCAAUGUUUUGCUUUGUUUUACCUUCAUUCUUUAUUUUAAUAAAUAUAUCACUAACAAUAAAAAUCUCUAGGCCAUAAAA